CGGACCGUACAGCAUCAGCGGAGCGAAUUGUUCCGGGCAUUUCAACCAUUCAACAUUUUAGUGAGCCGUAGGAACGUGACAGCUCGGAAAUGAAGCUAUUUUGCCUUGUUUUGGUUAUUUACGUUGUGGCUCUGACCCUCUUCGGAGUCGAUGGACGCGGCGGGGGCACCACAAACGGCGUGGAGGAACCGAAGUUCGUGGGGCUGUUCAAGCGGGCUCGCCGUAAUGCCCUGGACGAAGGCCUGAAGGCCGAUGAACCGCCGCCACCGCCUAAGCAGUUCAGGCAACGUCGCCAGGUUCCACCCGGCCUGCCCCCGCCUCCGGAUGGUAUGCCCCCACCUCCGGGCGGUAUGCCCCCACCUCCGCAGUUCAUCAUCUGAACAAAAAUUUUGAAUGUAUAGCAUAAAGUUGGGCGUUUGUGCAAUGUAAAUGGGAACCACAUCGAAGCUAAUAAAACUCGUUUCAAGCAUUCCAAAAAUCAUAAA